GCUCGACAGCAGCGGCGUGCCAUUGGUGCCCGCAUUGAUCGGUUUGGUCGGGGAGCCAAAGGUUUCAGGCAAAGAGCUCCACACCCUGGACCUAAGGACAGGUGAGUGGCUAACGCAGGCCAUCAACGAGAGAGGCCGUGAGAUGCCCAGCAUGGAGGAGGAGCUCAGCACUGCCCGGGCCUCUGCCGCAGAUGCCGAGCACCAGGCGGAGGAGGCGCAGAAGUCCACGCAGGAGCUUCAGGAGUUUUUGUCGAGCCCGGAGGUGCUGGCCAUCGACGCGAUCCAGCAGGAGGUGGAGCGGAUGUCCUUCGCGGAGGCCUACCAGGAUGCCUUCAAGCCCUGGGCUCUCGAGCAGCCCGAGAAGCCCGAGGAGGCGGAGGAGGCGGAGGAGCCCGAAAUCGACGCAGAGGCCGAGCUGAUCUGGGAGGAGUCAGGCUUCGAUGGCCUCGACCCAUCCUCCUCUCGGGAUCCACGGACGGAGACGGAUAUGGGGACUCAGUCUCCGCAAUCGCCGAUCUCGCCACUUUCGCCGCAGUCUGCGUACGAGGACCUCCAGUCGCCGGACAGUGCUUCGUAUCAGAACGGGCAGAUCGAAGAAGAGGCGUCCUACAACCAGGAGGACUUCUCGCCGACUGGGGACCCGUCCAGCCCACAGGAGACCGAGCUCGAGAGAUCCUACGCGCUGGACGACGCCUUUGAGGAGGCGACCGGAGCCCGCAAUGGGACGCGCCUCAGACGGAGCCUGGGUCUCCGGAGUGACGGGAGUCUCACAACAGCGUUAAUGCGAAAGGCUCGCAGUGCCGCCAAGCGGCGCCGCGGGGCUCAAAAGGCAUCGACCGGACCCUUCACAAGGGGGGCCCGCGUGUGCGCAGUGUGCGAACCCGAAAAGCAUCGGAGGUUCAUCCCCUUCUCCCUGGGCAGGAUCCACAGCGACGGCUAA